UCAACUCAUUUUCUUAGUUGCCACUUCAUUUUCCUUCCUUCAAUUCUCUCUAUACAUUUCUUCUCAUAGGAAUCAAUUAGCAUUAAAAAACUUUGCUUAAUUUGAUAAAAUCACAAAUGGGAAGACACUCAUGUUGUUACAAGCAAAAGCUUAGGAAGGGACUAUGGUCACCAGAAGAAGAUGAAAAACUUCUAAGACAUAUAACAAAGUAUGGACAUGGAUGUUGGAGUUCAGUACCUAAGCAAGCAGGUUUGCAAAGAUGUGGUAAGAGUUGCAGACUUAGAUGGAUCAAUUACUUAAGACCUGAUUUAAAAAGAGGAACAUUUUCACAAGAUGAAGAAGAUCUCAUUGUUGAACUUCAUGCAGUAUUAGGAAAUAGAUGGUCUCAAAUUGCGGCGCAAUUACCGGGGAGGACCGACAAUGAAAUAAAGAAUCUAUGGAAUUCUUGUUUGAAGAAGAAACUGAGGCAAAAAGGUAUAGAUCCUGUAACUCAUAAACCAUUAUCUCAUAUUGAGAAUAAUGGAGAAGAAAAUUCAAAUGCAAAGAGUCAAGAAAAAGCAGCAGAGUUAUUAUUAUCAUCCAAUGAAUUGAAUCUUCUGAAAUCAGAAAGUUCAAAAUCAGAUGCAGCUUCUAAUUAUGAGCAAAGAACAUCACCAAAAGAAUAUGCAUUAGAAAUUGAAGGUUCUUGCAACAAAGAUUUUUUCAUUGACAGGUUCAUUAGUACUACUCAUCAUCAUCACAAUCACAAUACAAAUUCUCAAGAUUUGAUGGGAAAUUUUCCAAUUCAGAUGAGUUAUUCAAACACUGAAAAUGAUUGUUUACCAAAUGAUUCAAACAAUCAUAAUCAUAAUUGGUUUAACCAAACUGGAAAAACAUUUGAUAUGAAUUCUAAUGAAUUUCAUUUCAAUUCCAACACAACAACUAUGUUUCUUCCAAAUUCUUUUGAUAUUCACUCUGACAAUGUUUCUACUGAGAUGAGAAGUAACAUCAACUUGCAUAGUAAUAAUUUUUCUUCUUGGGGAGGAAUGAUGGAAAAUCAUACAGAAGAAGCUAAUAGUAGUAAUUAUUUUCAUAAUCCAAUUUUAAUGUUGGCUUCUGAAUCAUUAUGCAAUGAGAUAAAGCCAUCAAUGAAUUUAGCAGUUGAUAAUACUUUUGGAGCUAUUUUGCCAAAUGCAAAGCAAGAACAAGAAGAACAGUUACAAAGUUCUAAUAUAUUUUCUAAGGAUAUUCAGAAACUAAGAGAAGCUUUUGGAGAUAUGUAAUAGGAUUUGAAGAACAAGAAAACAGUGUUAUCAAGAUUUUUAGAAGUGUGUGAAACCACUGAUUUUUGUCUUGUAAAUAGGUCUGAAUCUGAUACAAGAAAAAAAAAACAAUUUGUUUUUCACUUUCACUCUUUUGGCUUUGUUGAUAUUUGUGAGUUUUACAUUUUUUUCUCCUAAGGGUGUGGGGUAGAAUUGGUGAAUAAGGAUUUGUUUGUUGUUUACUUUCUAUAUAUAUACUCUUUCUUUUAUACACUGUAACAGCAUUGAUGCAUUUUUCUAUAUACAAUCACAUAUAUUUAUUGGAA